UAUGAGAAUAUGGACAAGAAAGUUAGUACAAAUGGAAAAAUGUGGGCUUCAUUAAAAACAAAGAUUAGUGAAAAAAACAAAGCUAAAAAUGAACAAGAGAUAAUGAUCCUUUGGUUAAAACGUUUAAAGCAAAAAGAAAAAAAAUCAGUAAAAGAAUAUACAAAUAGAUAUGAAGCUCAUACUGAAUCUGUAGAACUAUUAAAUGAUGAUGAAUAUUAUAACAUUAGAUCUGUUGCCAAACAAAAGAGAAGUAAUGAAACACUUGAACUCUUGGAACAAUCAA